GAAAGUUAGAUUAUGAACUAGUGGAAAAAAAAUUCUCUCUUCUCACAAAAAUCAAAUACCCUGUAGAGGUUGGCAUCAUGAAUAAUUCUAGUUCCUGAAUUUACUUGAAUGUUGGUUCUUCUUAUUCCCAAGUUCCAAUAAACCCUAACAAGCCCCAAGGACCCAUUUCGAUAUGUAUUGUACAUCCACAUUCAAAUUUACACUUCCUCUUUGACAUCGGACAUGUCAAACGUCGUUGUUCUCGACAACGGUGGCGGCCUGAUAAAAGCCGGUCAAGGCAGCGAGCGUGACCCCGCUGUCAUAAUCCCCAACUGUCUCUACCGUCCCUUAUCCUCCAAAAAAUUCCUUCACCCAUCUCCCAUCACCAGCUCCACCACCGAAGACCUCACCUCCGCCGCUGUCCGCCGUCCCAUUGAUCGCGGUUAUUUAAUCAACGCCGACCUCCAGCGCGACAUCUGGGGCCACCUCUUUUCCUCUCUCCUCCACGUUAACCCCUCCACAUCAUCUCUCUUACUCACCGAACCGCUCUUCACUCUCCCUUCUAUUCAACGUGCCACCGAUGAGCUCGUCUUUGAGGACUUCAACUUCAAGUCGUUUUUCGUGGCGGACUCGCCGUCUUUAGUGCAUCUUUACGAGGCGAGUCGGAGACCGUACGGACUAGUGUCGAAGGCGCAAUGUAGCUUGGUGGUUGAUUGUGGAUUCAGUUUCACGCAUGCAGCGCCUGUGUUUCAGAACUUCACGAUGAAUUACGCGGCGAAAAGGAUUGACUUGGGUGGGAAAGCGUUGACCAAUUACUUGAAGGAGCUGGUUUCGUAUCGCGCUGUCAACGUUAUGGAUGAAACUUUCAUUAUUGAUGAUGUCAAGGAGAAAUUGUGUUUUGUCUCUCUUGAUGUCGCUCGUGAUCUUCAAAUUGCCAGGAAACGAGGAAGGGACAAUCUCUUGAGGUGCACGUAUGUUCUUCCUGAUGGCAUCACACACACGAAGGGCUAUGUUAAAGACCCAGAUGCGGCUCAGAGGUAUCUCAGUUUUGGUGAUGGAUCUCCAUCAGAGACAAAACAGAUGGAAGAUGCAGAAGAGCCUAGGGACAGAAAGAGAGUCGACCUGACCAAAAAUGAGUUUGACUUGACAAACGAACGAUUCCUUGUCCCGGAGAUGAUCUUUCAACCUGCUGAUUUGGGAAUGAACCAGGCUGGACUAGCUGAGUGCAUUGUUCGAGCUGUUAAUUCUUGCCACCCUUAUCUGCAUUCUGUACUUUAUAAAAGCAUAAUAUUGACCGGUGGAAGCACUUUAUUUCCUCGUUUUGCUGAGAGACUGGAAAUGGAGCUACGGCCUAUUGUCCCUGAUGACUAUGAAGUGAAGAUAACUACUCAGGAAGAUCCCAUAUUAGGUGUAUGGAGAGGAGGAUCACUUUUGGCAUGCAGUCCUGAUUUUGAAGCAAUGUGUGUCACCAAGGCUGACUAUGAGGAGCAUGGAUCUGCUCGAUGUCGCAGGAGAUUCUUUCAUUGAGUGCUCAGAUUUCUUAAGGAUGUCCCUUGUCUUACCACCUCUAUUUCCCACUGAUGAGCAAAGGAAAGGUGGAAACAGGUUUUAAUGCCUUACGAUUAUAUAUAAAGGCAGAUACCUCUAAACUCCUUGUUAUCAUCAGCAUAGCAUGGUGAAGCAUUACCAACUGGAAAUUUGGAUGUUUUCCCUGGGUGGAAGGUUCGGUGACGAGGUUGUACUUUAUUCUCCUGGCUAUGAAAGCGAGCUGACAAGGCCAAAUUCCAAAUGUAACUUAUAUUUGAAAAGGGCAAACCUGAGAAGUAGCUUUAAAUCUCUCUUCAGAAGAGAGGGCUGCGACUUUUAGUUUGGGUUGCAGGGUACUCGUGCCUGAUUUCGUCUUAUAUCACCGCAUCCUCACUGCUCUGAUGAAAUUUCAUAUUUAAAGAUAUGCAAUGUAAGUUGCGUUAGGUUUUUCAAAUACUGGUAGUAUUUAUGAUUUAUGAGAAAUUUCAUGUGUAAGUUGCGUUAUGAUUUGUCAACGUCCAAGUUUUUGCUUAUCGGAAGUGGAAUUGGAGAUGGGGGCGAUGAUUUUAACAUUAUCAGUCUUUAGUAGAAGUAGCCGUUGAAUGAAUAUCGUUUUUUUAAAAUGAGAGAAUUUUAAAACUA